UUCUGUUGGAGAAUCCGUUUUAGCCUGUCUUUGAUACUGUUACUGUCUUUUGUAUUACUCUGAACAUGCCAUUGGUUUGGUUGUACCUCCAGCACCAGAGGUGGCAGCACUGGGCCAUAAACUAGUAUACUUACCGAAACAAAAACACCAUCGAAGUACCGGAUUAUGAAGUGGACUUGUUAUGGACAGGAAGAGGACUUUCCUCAACAAAUAAUAUUUGAACAAUGUUGCAAAGGUGACAAAUCGUUCCGUCGAUGGAUCUAAAUGAAGAUAGUGUUCAUUUGCGAUGUGCACCCGCAAUAUGCUUGUGCGUUCUCUGCGGUUUACCUGCAGCGGGAAAGUCGACGCUCGCACAGGCGGUCAACUCUCACACCGUACAACGAGGAUGGAGGUCCACUGUCAUUUCUUACGACGACCUGAUUCCCGGUGACGCUUUCAAUGUGAAAGAAGUCGAGGAUGAGGAGGAUAUGCCGCGAUCGCAGACGCAAACUAAAUGGAAGUUGCACAGACAAGCCGUGCUACAGUGUGUUGAACGGUUCCUACAGAGUCCUACAGAGCUGGGACAGCUACCACCAAGCAUCGACCCGAUCAACAGUGAUGCCUGGAGUCGUCUCCUUCACGCCGCCCAGGUCUGCGGGACAUCGGUGGGCUCUUCUCAAGCUUACCCGUCACCUUUAGAUCGACCAGCUCCGCCACUCGUCAUUCUGCUGGACGACAACUUCUACUAUCCAAGCAUGAGAUAUGAGGUGUACCAACUGGCCAGGAAACACUCUGUGGGAUUCUGUCAGGUGUACGUCCACUGUCCCGUGGAGUCGUGUGUCAGGAGAAACCAGCUGAGACCCCGGCCCUUACCCAGUGACGUCAUAGUAGAGAUGGCCAGGCGCAUGGAGCCUCCAAACCCUCAGAGAAACACAUGGGAGCAGAACAGUGUCACUCUGGACAGCGAACACCACUUCACCAUAGAAUACAUCCAAAGGUUGGUGAAGGUGAUCUCUACUGCGUUGGAGAACCCGUUGAGUCCAGUCCAGGACAACGCUGAGCAAAAGGAGGCUGACCGUCAGAGCUGUGUGUCCAGUGUGGUCCACCAGGCUGACCAGGCCUGCAGACGCCUGGUCUCACAGGCCAUGCAGGGGGCCAGAGUAUAUCACAACUCUUCAUCCUCUAUGUUCAGAGCAUCAACUUCCCCCAGAGAGGAUGAGGUCUCUGGCAGCCCACUUCAAUCAAUCCAAAACCAGAUUUCUUCAAGAUCUGCGGAAACAAGUUCUCCACAGCCUUCCCUUGACCCAGGGAGAGAGCGUCGACGUGGAGCGGCUUGUGAACAGAGCCGUGGACGUCUUCAACAAAGAGAAACAGGAAAUCGUUGAAAGAUACCUUCCUCUUCGUGACACAGAAAAUGAGGGAUAGAUGAUAGCCAUGAUGUAACUUUCAUUGAUUCUAUGUAAAUAGUCAUAAAUAUUGACAUUAGUAAUGAAUUUUCUAUAUUUUUCUGACAAAAUGUCCAACCUGUUAGGUGCAUAUACUUAACAAGGUGGAACCUAACAGGGUGGAAAUGUGGAGGCUAACUUAGCCGUAGCACUGUCAGUGAUGUUAGGUGUAUAUACUUAACAAGCUGGAACCUAACAGGGUGGAAAUGUGGAGGCUAACUUAGCCGUAGCACUGUGAGUGAUGUUAGGUGCAUAUACAGGGUGGAACCUAACAAGCUGGAACCUAACAGGGUGGAAAUGUGGAGGCUAACUUAGCUGUAGCACUGUGACUGAUCAAGAUCCAGCUAGCAUAAUGGUGAACACUUGAAGAUCAUUUUUUUACUGUUCUGUCAAACAUCAUUUGAAAUUAUCAUAUGUUCAUCGAAUUUAGCCUAACAGCGUGGACAUUUUAAGAGCGAGACCAUCCUGACUAACAUCAUGAAACUUUAAAAUGUAGAUCAAACAGAGUGUUGAUACUUACUCUAGUUUUGCACUGUUAUUGACACACUUUCUGAUUGUGAUGUCAUUAUGGGAAGGAGCGGUUUGACACUUCCUGAUUGUGAUGUCAUUAUGGGAAGGAGCGGUUUGACACUUCCUGAUUGUGAUGUCAUUAUGGGAAGGAGCGGUUUGACACUUCCUGAUUGUGAUGUCAUUAUGGGAAGGAGCGGUUUGACACUUCCUGAUUGUGAUGUCAUUAUGGGAAGGAGCGGUUUGACACUUCCUGAUUGUGAUGUCAUUAUGGGAAGGAGCGGUUUGACACUUCCUGAUUGUGAUGUCAUUAUGGGAAGGAGCGGUUUGACACUUCCUGAUUGUGAUGUCAUUAUGGGAAGGGGUGUUUUAUUUUUAUUUAAAGGAGUGUUAUGCCAAACUAACAGGGUGGAAAGUGAAAUCAGGAGACACAAAACAUCUUAAAUAUAGUAACAACAAAUACAAUAACCAUGAAAGGACUAUAAAAUAAUGAAUAAAUAUGUUGAAUAUUAGAUUAUUUAAUGGUUUAUAUUUCUCAUAGAAGUUGAUGAAUAGUACCUGGGGACUUGGGGAAAAAACCCUCCUACAUCCACUGAAAACAAAAUUGUAAAAAUGCAAAUAAAAUUCCCAUUGAGAUCGA